AUGUCCAAGUUUGGAACCUCAUUAUUGGUUCCUUCUGUACAAGAUCUUGCAAAGCAAAUCAACACAAAAGUUCCAGAACAAUAUCUUCAUCCAAAUCAAGACCCUAUUGUUGUAUCAAAUACAACUUCUUUACAACAAGUCCCACUCAUCGACCUGAGUAAAUUGUUAUCCGAAGAUGAACUUGAGGUAGAGAAGCUAGAUCAUGCUGGUAAAGAAUGGGGGUUCUUCCAGCUGAUUAAUCAUGGAGUCCAUCCUUCAAUAGUGGAAAAUGUGAAGAUAGGUGUUUGUGAGUUCCUAAGUCUUCCGGCAGAAGAGAAGAAGAAAUUUUGGCAAACCCCUGACGACAUAGAGGGUUUUGGUCAAUUGUUUGUUGUAUCUGAGAAUCAAAAGUUAGAAUGGGCAGAUUUAUUCUUCAUGGCGACUCUUCCUUCGUCUGCAAGGAAUCCUCGCUUAUUUCCUAAUAUUCCCCAACCAUUCAGAGAUGAUUUAGAGACCUAUUGUUUAGAGUUGAAGAAAGUUUGCAUCACAAUCAUCAAACAUAUCGAAAAAGCUCUUAAAGUUGAACCAAAUGAAAUGCUAGAGUUGUUUGAAAAUAUAAAUCAAUCAAUGAGGAUGAAUUUCUACCCUCCUUGUCCACAACCAGAAAAUGUCAUUGGACUGAAUCCUCAUUCUGAUGCCGAGGCCUUAACAAUCCUUCUACAAGCCAAUGACAUUGAAGGUCUCCAAAUUAGGAAAGAUGGACAAUGGAUUUCUAUUACACCACUCACCAAUGCUUUUGUCGUAAACGUCGGAGACAUUUUAGAGAUUAUGACAAAUGGAAUUUAUCGGAGCAUCGAACAUCGAGCUACAGUUAACUCAAAGAAAGAGAGGAUUUCUAUUGCUACAUUUCACAGACCCCAAAUGAGCAAAGUUAUAGGUCCAACACCGAGUCUUAUCACUUCUGGAAAGCCUGCAUUGUUCAAAACAAUUACUAUGGAAGAUUACUACAAAGCAUUCUUUUCGCGCAAGCUACUAGGGAAAUCAUGCCUUGAUGUUGUGAGAAUCCAAAAUGAGAAUGAUAAGUGA